GCUAUCUAAGAUUAAAAGAAAAAGUGAGGCUGCAGUCGAGUCGGGGCGUGUGUUAAAGUUUGUUUUAGAUGAACUGCGGGUCAUUUCGGCUAAUGUCCAAGCGUCAAUGAGAGACACUUCUUACAGAGUGCAGGUAAGCAUCUCCGAUAUUCUUUCUCCCGUUUUCAGAUCGGUGCACAUUCUGUUGAUUUAGCUAUAAAGCUUGAUUUAAAGAUAUGUCUUUAUUAAGUUAUUCAGAAAAUCGUUAUUUAGCUAUUUGUCUCUUUUUCUCUUAAUUCAAUAAUUGUUAUUUUCAACAAGAACAACAAGAACUGAAGAAGCCGGUUAAUUAAAGAGCUUACCAUAGCUCAUGUUAUUUGUGUUGUACUGUAUAUAUGUGCCGGCUCUAAAUAAAAGUUACUUGAUUUGACUUGAAGAAGUGUGUGAGCUAAUGCUCACUAGUAAUACCCUGCUCUGAUGUGAAUAUACUCUUAUCAUAUUAUCAGGUCCAGUCCAAACACUAUUUCUACCUAUGUAGCUAUUAAUAGCUACCUAGGUAUUUUAAGCUACCCAGAGUAGCUAUUUUUACCUACUUUUUAUAUUUUCUACAUUUUGCGGCACAAAGACCAAACGGCGCUGCCGCAACAUGGUGAAUACCAUAUCUUUUGGUACAGUCACAAUAAUGAUGAAUACUAGAAAAUUUUGGUAAAAAAAAAUGAUAACUUCCUGAAUCGGCAUUUUUACAUUAGUUUCUAUGCAAAAUUUAUAAUAUAGGAAUUAUUCAUUUUUUGGCCAAAUUUUUGUCAUAUCCAUCAUCAGUGUGACUUUAUUAAGAAAUUUUGUGCUCACCAUGUUGCGCCGUUCUUGCAUUUGGCCACAAAAUGCAAGUUAAGCAGAAAGUAGGUAAAAAUAGCUACUUUAGGUAGCUUUAAAUACCUAGGUAGCUAUUAAUAGCUACGUAGGUAGAAAUAGUCUUUGGACUGGACCUGAUUAUUACACACAUGUUCAUUUACAGGCAGAUGCACAAAUAAGUAGGAAGUUGACACCAGAAUCAUACAAAAAACAAUAAGAUAUUUACAUCCUUAGGAUUAAAAAUAUCCAAAGACCUUAAAUGGAAAGAGCAUAUAAAUAUCUCAAAUAAAGCCAGUGCCACCUUAAGCCUCCUAAGAAGGAAUUUACAGCAUGUAUGGGAAAGUAGGAAAAUGGCAUACCCUGCACUCAUAAGAUCUAUAUUGAAGUAUGGAGUUAUCAUCUGGGACCCAUACACUACACAGAAAAUAUCUUAAUUAGAUUGUAUGCAAAGAAGGGGUGCAAGAUUCAUGAUGAAAGAUUACAAAUUAAGGGAAGAUAGUACAAUGUCCAAGAUGCUCAAAGAACUUGACCUUUCCUUAUUACAAACUCGACACCACCAACAAAGGCUGAUCUUUUUUUACAAACUGGUUGAGGGGCAGAUACCAGCUAUAACACCUGAUCAAUUCAUUAAAAAUCACAAAACAAAAAAAGAAACAUCAGACCUAAAGUUUAUGGUACGGAAAGAUGCACAGAUAAACAGGAAGUUGACCUCGGAUUUGAACAAAAAUGAAUCCCACCAUAUGGCAUGCCUCAGCAAAAUUUUUUUGGAAUCUGAAGACAGUGGUCUUAUGAAGUCAUCAACAUGUGAAUGCCCCAUGGGGCAAUAUAAAUGUCAUCAUGUGGCAGCAGCACUUUUAUUUGGAUACAAGAGGGCAAGCAAAACUGAUAUUAAGUGUAGUUGGUUGAAACACCCGAAGUCAGCACCACCCAAAACAACAAAAACAAUGGAGGAAUUGUACCCCCCUAAGCAGCCUGGAUAUCGAGCUUUGAAACGUGAUGUGAAUGCAGAGGACAGAUUGUUCUUAUUUGAUCAACUGGGCCAGUUAGGCAGAUUUACAGCAAUGCAUUGGAUUUUGUCAAAGGAACCAGAAGUUCAGAAAUUUCCUGUUUCUCUUGUCCAAGAUCUUCUGAUGAGUGAAGAAUAUCUUACUGCUGAAUGUAAAUCAGCUUACUUAAGAAGUAAACUUGUUGUGUCACAAGAGACUGUUAUACAAACUGCCUGGCUUACAAUUGGUCAACGUGAAAAUGCGAUAUGGCAAGCUGUCCGCAAGAUGCGCUUUACAGCUUCCAACUUUGGGCAAAUCAUUGGGGCAAUUCGUCGAAACAGACUGACUGCAUCUCUCAAGAAGAAAUUGUUGAGCUCUUACAAUCUUGAAAAAAGAGCAUCAAUCCAGUGGGGAUUAACCCAUGAAAGAACUGCCAUUGAAGAAUACAGCAAGAUUGGGGAAGUUACCGUUCUGGAGACAGGAAUUUGGCUGCAUGAAUCUGGAACUCUUGGGGCCUCCCCAGAUGGUUUCAUUCAAGGUGAAUCUAAAUGCAAACCUCAUCUCCAAGUGAAGGGACAGGUUACAAGAACACCAGAUAUUAUUGAGGUGAAGUGCCCAUUCUCUGCAAAAUCUAUGACAGUUAGUGAUGCUUGUGCAAACAUUAAGGAUUUUUAUCUUGUAAGCGACUCAGAUGGUGGAUUGCACCUCAGAACCAACCACGAUUACUGGAAUCAGGUCCAAGGACAACUCUAUUUGACUGGCACUCAGUGCUGUGAUUUUGUAGUGUGGACUCCAUUAGAUUUACAAGUUGUCAGGAUAAUGAAGGAUCCAGCAUGGGAGAUAAACAUUAAUAACAUGAUUGAAUUUUACUUUGAUGCAUUUUUACCAUUAUUAUGAAAGAAGAAAAUUACAAACACAAUGUCAGUCUUACAAGUUAUCUUUUAAUUUUUUUCAUAAAUGAGUUUAUUACAGAUGACAAGCAAAUAUUCAGAUUUGUACCGUUUACUGUAUAUAUAGCAAAAUCAACAAAUUUUGUGAAAGUCAUUGUUGUUUUCAAGGAUAUCAACAACUUCAUCAUCAAUAAAAUGUUAAAAUUUCAGACUAUAAUACCAUGUUUGUUCUGCAAAAUUUCAACUACAAAGUAAAAUCUAAUCAAACAAAAAUCUUUUUCUCAACCAACAAAAUAAUAAUUUUACAAUGAUUAUCAGUAACAUAAUAUUUUAAUUUGGGAUACAGUCAAACCUUAUUAUCUUGAACUUGAUGGGACAGAGAAAUUUUUUUUAGAUAAAAUACUUAAAGAAUGCAGGGUUUUAGAAACACCAAAGUUCAACUAUAUAAA